UCCGCGCUGUCUCUGGCAGUCAGCGCUCUGUCGCUUGCCGGCAGUGCCGAUGCUUUCUGGCGUCUCCCUUGCCGUGGUCGCAGUGGUGUCGGUCGUCUUGACCCCAUCAUGGACCCUGGCAAGGUCUCUGACCACGUCCACGUUAUUCACGGUGGCAGCAACUUUGGCAUUGACAACACCCCUCAGGACCUUGUCGACUCUGACUGCACCUCAUGUGCCGUUACUCAGGACAAGUCUGCCUACUGGACCCCUCCUCUUUACUUCCUCCACUCCAACGGCACAGCCGAGAUGGUCGAGCAGGUUGGUGGUAUGCUCGCUUACUACCUCCUCUACAACGACGCUGCCAACCCCAACGGCAAGAUCACUGCCUUCCCCGAGGGCUUCCAGAUGAUCUCUGGUGACAAGCGCCAGCGUAGCUUCCCUUACCCCAUCCCCGACAACGACAAGUCAUCGUGGACUGCAAACCAGAAGACCCAGACUGCUCUCUCGCAGAAGGCUCUUGGUUUCAACUGCUUGAACUACGCAGCCACCCCCGAGGCAUCUCUCUACCGCCACUUCUUGCCCGACAAGGACUACCUUGAUGCCAACUGUGUUGACGGUAUCCGUCUCGAGCUCAUGUUCCCUUCGUGCUGGAACGGCAAGGACGUCGACUCUGACGACCACAAGUCGCACGUCGCCUUCCCCGACCUUGUCAUGAGCGGUUCCUGCCCCGAGGGCUUCGGCACCAAGCUCCCCUCGCUCUUCUUCGAGACCAUCUUCAACACCUACGCCUUCAAGGGCAUGGACGGCCAGUUCGUCCUCUCCAACGGUGACCCUACUGGUUACGGAUACCACGGUGACUUCCAGAUGGGUUGGGACAGCGUCGACUUCCUCCAGUCUGCCGUCGACACCUGCACCAACGCCUCUGGCCAGAUUGAGGACUGCCCUCUGUUCAACAUCCAGACUGAGGCCGAGGAGGGUCAGUGCAAGAUCAAGGACGUUGCAGAAAUCGCCGACGACAACCCUCUCGGCCCCCGCGAGGAUGGUCUCCCCAUUGCUGUUCCCAUCCAGUCCGGUCCUGACUACGCUACCGUCUACCCCGUCGUCCUCGCUGGCGAUGCCACCCAAUCUGCUGCUGCUUCCUCGACCAAGGCUGCCGCUUCUUCUCAGAUCACCUCAGCUGCUGCUACCUCCGCAUCUGCUGUCGUCCCCACUCUGAGCUACACUCCUGGCACUUCUUCCAUCACCGACAAGUACGGCGGUGGUAUCCUCCUCGCCAACACUGCCUCAUCAUACGUCCAGACCGAAUCCCUCUCAACCGUCACUGCUGCUCCCUCGCUCGCUGACGCUGAGACUGACGCUGCUGGCAACAUCAUCGCCACCUCC